GCCGCUCCAAGAGCGUCGUCACCUUCUCUUCUCUGUUCUCAGUUCUCACGCAUUGCGCUUUCCCAUUCUCCGAGUGUGUCAUGGAGAGAGAAGCAGAUGGGCUUGCUCCUAAUUCUCUUCUGCUUGGUAUCCCUGAAGAAAAUGGAUCUGAAUUGGAUGAAGAGAGGACUGUCGAUCAAAAAGGUAUCCGCAGAUCAUCAUCAUCCAAGGUUGUUGCAGAACUGAAGAAGCAGUUGUGGUUAGCAGGACCUCUGAUAUUAGUUAAUCUAUUAGAAUAUUCUGUACAGACAAUCUCAAUCAUGUUCACGGGUCAUGUCGGAGAGUUGGAGCUAUCCAGUGCUUCAAUCGCCAAUUCCUUCGCAACUGUGACUGGCUUUAGCUUGCUGACAGGAAUGGGAAGUGCACUGGAAACCUUAUGUGGUCAGUCCUAUGGAGCAGAACAGUAUCAUAUGCUUGGCAUCCAUAUGCAAAGAGCCAUGUUUGUUCUAUCAAUUGUUUGCAUUCCAGUCACCUUCAUAUGGGCCCAUACAGGCCGCAUUCUCUUGGCUGUGGGCCAAGAUCCAGAUAUAUCAGCAGAAGCAGGACGUUAUGCUUGCUUCAUGAUCCCUAGCCUUUUUGCCUAUGGCCUGCUUCAGUGUCAACUCAGCUUCCUGCAAACCCAAAAUAUUGUAUUCCCAAUGAUGAUAGCUGCUGGUCUUACAACUCUGCUGCACAUUCCUGUUUGUUGGGUUUUGGUUUUUAAAUCUGCUCUGGGUUAUCGAGGUGCUGCCCUGGCAAUUUCUAUCUCUUACUGGAUAAAUGUGUUACUUCUGGCACUUUAUAUCAAGUUCUCUCCUAACUUCAAAAGAACUUGGACCGGUUUCUCAAUUGUGUCACUUCUCGGUGUCCUCAACUUUCUAAGGCAUGCAAUUCCUUCAGCUCUUAUGAUCUGCUUAGAGUUCUGGUCAUUUGACAUGAUGGUGAUCUUUGCCGGUUGUCUUCCUAAUUCAAAGUUGGAAAUAUCAGUUAUAUCAAUCAGCCAUAACACUGCUGCAAAUCUCUUCUUGAUUCCUUUUGGACUUGGUGGAUCUGUAAGCACACGAGUUUCAAAUGAAUUGGGUGCCGGACAUCCUCAAGCUACACGUUUAGCGGUACAAGUUGUAUUAUUUAUGGCCUUUACAUGGAGCAUUUUAAUUGGCUUAAUCAUGAUCUUUGUGCGUAAGGCUUGGGGCUAUGUUUAUAGCAAUGAAGAAGAAGUAUCAAGAUAUAUAGCAACAAUGAUGCCAUUGCUUGCAAUAUCCAACUUCUUGGAUGGAAUCCAAUCUGUGCUCUCAGGCACUGCAAGAGGAUGUGGGUGGCAGAAAAUUGGUGCUUUUAUCAAUUUGGCAUCAUUUUACUUUGUUGGCAUUCCAUCAUCUAUUUUAUUUGCUUUCAUUCUCCAUACUGGAGGAAAGGGACUCUGGUUGGGGUAUAUUUGUGCACUCAUCGUGCAAGUAUUAUCUCUUCUAGUCAUUACCAUAAGAACUAACUGGGAGGAAGAGGCAAAGAAUGCUACUUGUAGAGUCUAUGAAUCCAUCAUACCCACGGAUGUGACUCACGAAGCUGAGUUAUUAACACUUGUAAGAACUAGAAAAAUUGAUCCAACAGAAAUGGAAUUGGGAUCUCAGGAACUAACAACAAUCGAUGCGGACGCAAUUAUCAGAGAAACUAACAACAUGUCAACAACUAACAUCCCGAGAACUCACAAUUGAUACAGAUUUUCAAUUAACUGCCUAUUCUUGUUCUGU